AUGCAAGAUGUUGAUGAUUUGGUCAACGGUUGUGCAUGGCAACAAAUGUUAGAAAUGCAUGUUCCAUUUUUAUGCAAAUUUGAUUUUCAAAUGUUAAUUAUGAAAAGAUAUCCAAAAUUAGAUUUAGACAUGGUCGAAAAUUCAUCUGAAUAUUUUAUUCGAAAAUAUUCUAUUUGGCACAUGAUUAUUGAUCGAUGGACAUCUGAUGUCAAAAUUCCACUCAACUCUCGUCAAACAAAUGAGAAUGAUGAUUCACAACAAUGUGUUACUUACCUUUCACAUUUUGUGUAUUCACAUAAUGUAACUCAAAUCGAAUUUCGGUCAAAUGUUGAUAUAUCUCGAUGGAAAGAUAUUCAAUGUAUUCUAUAGGCUUGUCCAAAAAUGAUUAAUCUUAUAAUUGGUACUCUAUAUUUGGCUUUAUCAGAAUUCAUCGAUAAUCAAUCUCUUAUUUCAAUCUUCAAACAAAUUAAAAUGCUCAAAUUAAUAACAAAAAAUGAUUAUUUUUCCUCAAAUUUUGCAUCAAAACUUGCUCGACGUUUUCCAUCACUUACUGAUAUUGAACUUCAAAAUGAUGAAAUUAACGUUAUUGAACCAAAUGAUGAUUUUCUAGGUGAUGAUGCCUCACCCGUGUUGAUGGAUAACGGGGAAGGGGCUGUGUCGGGUGAAGAUCACCACCUAGUCGGGUUCGACUUUGUCGAUGAAGAUGAUGCCGAAGAAGUGAUAUCUCCGGUAAUAACAAAUAGAUUAAUUGAUGAACUUCUUCAUGAUACAAACGAAAUUGAUUUAGCUACACACUAA